AUGGGAUGUCAAAACAGGAUAAUAAAAACCAAAUUAGAUGGUCAUGAGCAUUGGGUAAUGUCAGUCUGUUUCUCUCCUGAUGGAAAUACAUUAGCUUCUGAUAGUGUAGAUAACUCUAUCCGUCUAUGA